GCCUGCGCCCUCGGCCCCCGGCCCCCGGCCCCGCCACCCGCCGCUCGCGCGCGGAGCCAUGGAGGGAGUGAGCGCGCUGCUGGCCCGCUGCCCCACGGCGGGCCUGGCCGGCGGCCUAGGGGUCACGGCGUGCGCCGCGGCCGGCGUGCUGCUCUACCGGAUCGCGCGGAGGAUGAAGCCAACGCACACCAUCGUCAACUGCUGGUUCUGCAACCAGGACACGGUGGUGCCCUACGGGAACCGCAACUGCUGGGACUGCCCCCACUGCGAGCAGUACAACGGCUUCCAGGAGAACGGCGACUACAACAAGCCGAUCCCUGCCCAGUACAUGGAGCACCUGAACCACGUGGUGAGCAGCGCGCCCAGCCCCCGCACCCCCCCGCAGCCCCAGCAGUGGGUGAGCAGCCAGGUGCUGCUGUGUAGGAGGUGCAGCCACCACCAGACCACCAAGAUCAAGCAGCUGGCCGCGUUCGCACCGCGAGAUGAGGGCAGGUACGAUGAGGAGAUCGAGGUGUAUCGGCACCACCUGGAGCAGAUGUACAAGCUGUGCCGGCCAUGCCAGGCCGCCGUCGAGUACUACAUCAAGCACCAGAACCGCCAGCUGCGCGCCCUGCUGCUCAGCCACCAAUUCCAGCGCCGGGAGGCCGACCAGACCCACAUGCAGAGCUUUUGCUCGGCUGUGGUGAAGGCCCCGGUCCAGGUCAUCGUGCUGCGUGCCCUCGCCUUCCUGGCCUGCACCUUCCUUCUGACCACUGCACUGUAUGGCACAAGCAACCCCUUUGCCCCGGAGGCCACCCUGCCGCCAGCCCUGCCACCUGGUGGCAAUGGCUCAGCCACACCUGACAACGGCACCACCCCUGGGGCUGAGGGCUGGCGGCAGUUGCUGGGCCUGCUGCCAGAGCACGCGGCAGAGAAGCUGCACGAGGCCUGGGCCUUCGGGCAGAGCCACCAGAUGGGCGUCGUGGCGCUGGGCCUGCUCACCUGCCUGCUGGCCAUGCUGCUGGCUGGCCGCAUCAGCAGGCUCCGGAGGAUCGACGCCUUCGCCACCUGCCUGUGGGCCCUGCUGCUGGGGCUGCACCUGGCUGAGCAGUACCUGCAGGCUACCUCACCCGGCUGGCUGGACACGCUCAAGUUCAGCACCACGUCCCUGUGCUGCCUGGUGGGCUUCACGGCAGCCGUGGCCACGAGGAAGGCGACGGGCCCACGGAGGUUCCGGCCCCGAAGGUACUUCCUCGGAGACUCUGCCAGCCUUUUCCCCACUAGCCCCAGCCUGGCCAUCCCCUGCCCGAGUGUCGCAGGCUCUUCGCCAUCUCUGUUCAUCCCCACCCCGCCCGGCUUCUUGCCACUCGCCAACCAGCAGCUGUUCCGGUCUCCCCGCCGGGCCUCACCCUCCUCACUGCCAGGCCGCCUCAGCCGGGCCCUCUCGCUGGGAACCAUACCCUCUCUGACUCGAGCAGACUCAGGGUAUCUGUUCAGUGGGAGCCGCCCACCAUCUCAGGUGUCUCGAUCUGGGGAGAUUCCUGUUUCAGAUUACUUCUCUCUGCUGUCCAGCAGCUGCCCCUCCUCCCCGCUCCCUUCCCCCGCGCCCUCCGUGGCCGGCUCGGUGGCCUCCAGUGCUGGCUCUCUGCGCCACCGCAGACCUCUCAUCAGCCCUGCCCGGCUCAACCUGAAGGGGCAGAAGCUGCUGCUGUUCCCGUCGCCCCCCGGGGAAGCCCCCAACACCCCCAGCAGCUCUGAGGAACACUCGCCCCACAACGGCAGCCUCUUCACCCUCGAGCCACCCCAGAGGCAGCCAGCGCGGGACAGGAAGCACACUGUGGACAUGAGGUCAAUGCCAGAACGAGGCAGCCCCUGCAGCACCCACUCCAUCAAGAAAGAGGACGACUCGUCCCAGUCAUCCACCUGUGUGGUGGACACCACCACCAGAGGGUGUGCAGAGGAGGCCGCUGCCUGGAGAGGUCUUUUCGGCCCCGCCCUGGUCCGGGGUCUCCUGGCUGUGAGCUUGGCUGCCAAUGCCCUCUUCACCUCGGCCUACCUGUACCAGAGCCUGCGCUGACCCGCUGCCCGGAGAGUCUCGGAGGGCACGCCCAGGGGCAUGCUGCUUCCACCACUGCCGGCCUCAAAGCCCUCCCCGAGGGCUGCCGCCCCCGCCCUCUUCCCCAGGGCCCCUGACCUCGCUGGAUUGAGUCCCAUCCUUGGGACGCCUUCUCCUCCUCACCUGUCACUCGGCAGGGCCGAGCGUGGUCUGUGGGGUCACCCUCCUCCCUGCCCAUCUCCUUGGCUGACAUUGGUUGUGUGUUGGUGCUGACACUCUGAUCCCAAAGCCAGGGAUCCCCGACCCUGGGGUCCCCUCCCCACCGUCCAGCCCUGCCUGGCAGGAAUGCCACUACUACUGUAACUGCAGCAGGAGGCAGGCUGCCUCCUGACCCCGCGCCCGCGGGCUGUGAUCACAUCUCUGUACUGUACUCCCCUGUCCCGCCGGGCUGCCUCAGGCUCCCUGAGGGAGGAGGGAGGGAUGGUCCCUGCGUCACCCGUCCUCGACCCUGCCCGGUGGAGAGCAGACCUCCCUUGGGCAGGCCCCCUUGAAAACCGACAUCUUCUGCCCCUGUCUUGCCCCUUCCUGUCGGCUCUGGGCCAGGCCUGCCGUCUGGCUCUCCCAGGUGGGUAGGUGGGUGCCUGGCGUCCCCUGCCCAGGGGUCCUCAGAGCUCCUGGGUCUCAGGGGCCCAGCUGGGCCUUCAGGCUAGUGUAAGCACUCACCCCAGGCUCCCUUCUGCUUACAUGCACCCCUGUUUUAUUACCUCUGAUGACCUUCCCAGGCAGCAGCCCCGUUACCCUGAGACACUACCCAGGACCCACCCUGCCCUGUCUCCAGGUCUGUGCUCCUGAGCCCCUCCCUCAUGCUGCCCACAGGGGCCUCGCUUGACCCCUCGGCCUGCAUUGUGCUGCGGGACAGGCCCGGGGUGGCCUGUAGGUCUCAGAUGAGACUGGCCGCUGUCCCCGCCCCCUGUGCAGCUGGCUCCUUUCAGCUGCAGAGGCCCCGCUUUCCUCUCUCAUUCUGCUGUCACCGCGGGCUCAGCAUGACCUCUGUCUCCAGGCCACCUUGGCUGGCUUUCUUUCCUACCCCACUGCCCUCGGUCCCUGCCACUGCCCUUCCUUCUGACCUAUAUUGCGGGUUCCCCCAUCCGUCCUUGCGCUGGGGUCCCAUCCUGCCCCCAGAUGAGGCUGGCACGGAGACUCUCCGAUGCAGUGAGGGCUGAGAGACUGCGUGUGCUGUGAGUGUGAGAGCCCCCAGUCCCUGCUGCCCUGGGCCUUGGGCACAGGUACAGGCAGCGCGUGUGUGCGCGCGCGCGCGCGCGCGCGCGCGCACACGCAUGUCAUUGCACGUGUUGGUGCCACAUGGGGAGGAAUUGGCUGCCUCGGUGAAUUCUGAGACUCAUUGGGGGGAGGGUCAUGAGGUCAGGAGGAAAGGGCCUUCACUCUGUCAUUCAGGGAUAAAGUUUAAUUUUAUUUUUCUACACAUUUUUGCCAGGUAAGGCAUUGUGCUGAUGAGCAGGAUGCCCCCAGUCCUCCCUGCCAGGGAGAUUUAGUUUUUUUAAGCUUUGGGUGCUUUUUCAGUAAUUGUUUUUACCAUAUGGGGAAGGAGAUUGCUCUGACUUCCUCUCUCUCCUCUUUCCCCUACUCCUGUCCUGAGCUACUGUUUGCUGCCCUGCCCCCCUCCCCAGGACCUGGGGAACUGGGGGGCCAGGGGCCAUACCAGGACCCUGCGUCCAACUGCCAGAGAGGGUUCCAACUCGGAGGGGGUGCCUUUUGGUCCCUGUUUGUAUAGUGGGCAUGUGUGUCGAGUUUUUUAAUUUUGUGUUUUGCCUGACAAAGCCAAACUCCAUUCCCAAAUGCCCUUCCUCUCUGGCUCUGAGGAGCCCUCACACCGAGUGCCGGCUCCUCUCCCUUGGGGCCCGGCCACCUGACCUCUCCUGCCCCUGCCCAGCGGGCCCAGCACCCCCAGGGGCUGGGGGAGGCUGGGCAGGGAGGGGGCGUACUUAUGUUUUCUUCCAAACAAAAAACACAAUCUUAUUUUUCUUUACAAAAGCAAAAAAGGAAACCAAAAAAGAUAGCAACCUUUGAACUAUA